CCGCUGUUGCUGUGGAUUUGAUUGACGGGAAACAUGUCGGCGUGGUGGGAGCGAACCGGGAUGCAGCCGCUGCCAAGAGAGACGGGGAGUACCUGCAUCCGAUCCUCGCAUCAGCACCUCUAAAACCAGCACCCCCCCUCCGCCCCCUUCACCCCUCCUCCUCCCCCUCCUCCCUCGCGCCCCCCCCCUCCACCUAUACGUCCGCUUAUGAUGCGCUGAACUGCUUCUCUCUGUUUGCCCCCCCCCCCCACCCCCUCCUUCUUAAACUGGACCCAGUGGAAGCGGAGCGGCACCCGGUGGAUGCUGAGGCGGAGCGCGCAGUCCCGCUCGGCGCGUCUCCCCGCUGCGUUUGAUUUGGCCGCAGAAGCACCUUUGAUGAGGCGGCAGGAACUGCGAGGAUUUGUUGUCGCAAUGGAGUCGUCUCUGUCACGGCUCAAACCCCGUGUGUGAAAAGCUACAACAUCUUCUUCUUCUUCUUCUUCUUCCUCCCCCCCUUCCAUGGCGCUUCGCAGGUUGCCCUGUUCCGCGGGCUCCUCCGCCUUCCGUUUCUGAUUUUGUUGUUUAUUUAUUGUAUUUUUUUUUUUUGAAGUGCAAAGAGGAAACAACGACCACUGCACGCCAAAAACUAUGAACGAGGAGAUGACAAAAAGCGAGGAGCAGGAUCUUAGUUUGCAGAAAGCCUUGCAGCAGUGCGAGUUGGUGCAGAACAUGAUAGACAUAAGCAUUUCUAGUUUGGAGGGUUUACGGACCAAAUGUGCCACAUCCAACGACUUGACACAAAAAGAGAUACGAACGCUGGAGGGGAAGUUGGUGAAGUACUUCAGCCGCCAGCUGUCCUGCAAGUGCAAAGUGGCCUUAGAGGAGCGCAGCGUGGAGCUGGAGGACUUCCCCCGCCUCGGCCACUGGUUCCGCAUCGUCAACCUGAGGAAGGAGGUCACGCAGGAGAUGAGCCCGGGCGAGGUGACCCUGGAGGGCCUGCUGGACAAGAGCGAGGAGGAGGUGAGCGAGCAGCUGCAGAAGUUUGGCGCCAACGAAGAGGAGUGCGCCCGACUCAACGCCUCGCUCUCCUGCCUCAGGAAGGCCCACCAGCUCGAACAACUUGAGGAGGACGAAUUGCACAGUAAUGGAGGGAGCCAGGCGAAGCAGGACUGGUCCAUCCAGUGGCCCACCUCCGAGUCGGGCAAAGAAAACACUCCGGUGUGCCAGCCGGAGGCCAGUCAGUGGAUCCGGUUCCAGCUCUCCCAGAGCCCCAAAGUUCAGUCCAAGUACAACCAGCACAUGUGCCACAGCCCGCAGGCCCCGGCCCCCCCUUUGUACGCCGAGCGGCUGACCGUCGACAGCCCGGCGGCGGGGCUCUUCCCCCCCCUGGACUUCGGUCAUCGCUCCCUGCCGCCGUCGCCCCGCCAGAGGCAUUUUGGCCACACGCCUCCCCGGACUCCCUUGGUGGUGAACACGAUGACCCCGCCCGGCACUCCUCCCAUGAGGCGGAGGAACAAAGUGAAGGCCCCCGGCACGCCGCCUCCGCCCAGCCGAAAGCUCAUCCACCUGCUGCCGGGCUUCACCGCGCUGCACCGCAGCAAGUCCCACGAGUUCCAGCUGGGGAACCGAUUGGAUGACGCACAGACACCAAAAGCCAAGAAGAAGACCAAGCCCCUGAACCUUAAGAUCCACAGCAGCGUGGGCAGCUGUGAGAAUCUGCCCACGCAGCGCUCGCCCCUCCACUCCGAGCGCUCGCUGCGCUCCUUCUUCUUCCCGACCUUCAUCCCGUCCACGCCUCCGGUCCACGCCGAAACGCCCUCUGCAAACACUCUCUCAGUGCCUCGCUGGUCCCCACAGAUUCCCCGCAGAGAUCUGGGAAACUCAAUAAAACACAGGUUUUCCACAAAGUAUUGGAUGUCCCAGACAUGCACAGUAUGUGGGAAGGGAAUGCUGUUUGGACUGAAAUGUAAAAACUGCAAGCUGAAGUGCCACAACAAAUGCACCAAAGAAGCUCCACCUUGCCAUUUAUUGAUCAUCCAGCGAGGCGGACGGGAAUCCUUCAAAGAUCAACAAGGAACAACUCAAGUAGCUCGUCUGGUGCGGACCGAAUCGGUGCCAUGUGACAUCAACAACCCGCUCAGGUACUCAGACCUGCACAUCAGUCAGACGCUCCCCAAAACCAACAAAAUCAACAAGGAUCACAUCCCGGCUCCUUAUCAACCGGACUCCAGCAGCAACCCCUCCUCCACCACCUCCUCCACCCCGUCCUCCCCGGCUCCCCCUCUGCCCAGCAGUGCCACGCCCCCCUCGCCGCUGCAUCCCUCCCCGCAGUCGGCGCGGCAACAGAAGCAGUUCAACUUGACAGCCUCCAGUUAUUUCAAAUACAAACAGCAGUUCAUCUUUCCUGAUGUCGCUCCAGAGGCCCCUCCGAGCCGAGCGCCGCAGGUCAUCCUGCACCCGGUCCUCUCUGAACCAGGGAGCGAUGCAAACCCUCUACUUCAAAUCGAAGUUGAGCCUACAUCCGAUAACGAGGAGUGCAACGACGAGGACUCCGGCGACGAGUUCGAGGAGAUGAACCUGUCGCUCCUGUCGGCCCGAAACUUCCCGCGCAAGGCCAGCCAGACCAGCAUCUUCCUGCAGGAGUGGGACAUCCCCAUCGAGCAGCUGGAGAUCGGCGAGAUGAUCGGCAAGGGGCGCUUUGGCAAAGUUUUCCACGGACGCUGGCACGGCGAGGUGGCCAUCCGCCUGAUCGACAUCGAGCGCGACAACGAGGACCAGCUCAAGGCCUUCAAGCGGGAGGUCAUGGCCUACCGCAACACCCGCCACGAGAACGUGGUGCUGUUCAUGGGCGCCUGCAUGAGCCCGCCGCACCUGGCGAUCAUCACCAGCUUGUGCAAAGGGAGGACCCUUUAUUCUGUGGUGCGGGACGCCAAGGUUGUCCUGGACGUCAACAAGACCAGGCAGAUCGCGCAGGAGAUGGUCAAGGGGAUGGGCUACCUCCACGCUAAGGGGAUCUUACACAAAGACAUGAAGUCCAAGAACGUGUUUUAUGACAACGGCAAGAUCGUCAUCACCGACUUUGGACUCUUCACCAUAUCCGGGGUUCUGCAGGCUGGCAGCCGGAGAGAAGACAAGCUGCGGAUCCCCAAUGGCUGGCUGUGUCACCUGGCCCCCGAAAUAAUCCAGCAGCUCUCUCCGGACACCGAGGAGGACAAGCUCCCCUUCUCCAAACAGUCAGACGUCUUUGCAUUCGGCACCGUCUGGUACGAGUUACACGCACGCGAGUGGCCUUACAAGAGUCAGCCGGCGGAGGUGAUCAUAUGGCAGAUCGGCAGCGGGAUGAAGCCCAACCUGUCCCAAACGGGCAUGGGGAAGGAGAUAUCGGACAUCCUGCUCCUGUGCUGGGCGUACCAGCAGGAAGAGCGGCCCAGCUUCUCCAAGCUGGUCGAUUUGCUGGAAAAGUUGCCGAAACGGAAUCGUCGCCUUUCCCACCCGGGGCACUUCUGGAAGUCAGCUGAGUAUGUCAAAUGAGCUAUAGGGACACUAACAACUCAAAGAGGAAAUUAACAAGUAAAUAAACCGCCGCCAUAACCGACCUCCUCCUUAACGAAUGCACUGAAUCCAAAAGCCAGCCCAGUGAUGAAAACUGCCCGUGCUGUGUGUACUUAAUGGGACGUUGGCAUGUGUGUGUACGGACCGGCCGAGCUUCCCAAAGCAGUCGGGACUCAUAUUUUCUUUGUUUGUUUUCUUUGGAUAUUUUUCCCCUCUUAUCUUUCACUAUUGACUCGACCUUCACGAUCUUUCAUUUAUUUCCUGGAUGUACCUUGCUUGUAACUUACGACUGAUCGCAUCAUUCUGGACUUUAGAAGAAAAGAAAAAGCACGUGUUUGAGAACAAAUGUCAACCCCCCCCCUCUCCUUCAUGUCUUGCUUUUGCACAUUGUAUAUUUUCACAGCAUCGUCUUAUUUCCAUUCCUUAUGUCUGUCGACUGUGUAGAGCAUUCCGUCAGUUUUACCUCAUGGUCUCUCAUGUGUGGCUGUCUGUACAAAAAGCUUUAUUCAACCGUGAGAAAAAUGUCCUCUUAUUGACACUGCACCACUUGAAUGUGAAGAAGCCGGCGUCCCCGUUUGUGGGACGCGUCGGCAUCGUUCUUUGACGUCGAAAAGAGAGUUCUUUUCAACGUGUGCUUUCGAAUAUUGUCUGUGAACAUAAGCGAGUCGCUUGAACGAUGGCCUUUUGGGGGGGAGGGGGUGUGAAGGCGGGGGUGGGGGAGGGGUGUCACAACCAGGACACCCCUCCACCCGAUGCUGUUCUGUGAAAUCGCUGACACUGAAAUGUACGCCGUGAAACGCUGAGGAACCAAUUACCCUUCAGAAACGCUGUCACUGAGCCCCCAUUUACCAGGAACAAAUGUUGAAUAUUCCUUUUAAAUAGCUGCAGAUUAAUACAGAACACAAAAGAGACGGAUACUAAAUCUAAAACGAUUGUGUAGUCAUUCAUUUCAGUUAUUUUAUUCCGUCCCGUUGCUAAUGGGUCUGGGAAGGAUUUGGAUGCACACAAGUAAAUGAUGUGACUGUCGGACCACUAAAGAUGGAGUGAAUUCCAUCGAGUGUGUAACUAACCGUAGAAAGUCGAGAGUAACGAUGAAGGCAAAACUACUGACAACUCGGUUUAACAUUUAGCUCAAAUUCUAAGCUAUUGUUAGAGAUGAGGAAGAAGGGAAUUUGCUCAUUGAUUGAGUUUGCCUCCAUUAGCCACAUUAGUAUCGUUAAUUGGAGGAUUUGGCGAAUAACACCAUGUGCAUGUUGUAAAUUAGCCAAAGCUGUACGGUUGUAAAGAAAAAAACUGUUUGUUGAGUCGCAGCCCAAAAACCAGGCCGUGUCGUGCAGGCGAUGACGAUUAAUGAUCACCUGCCUCUUGGGGAAUCGAAAGAAAAUAAGAGAAGGUUGCAGCGACCGCACGGCGUAACUCAAAUCUGAUCAAGUGUUAAAUUCCACUUUUUUACGUAAUAUUUGAGCAAAAGCUGACUUUACCUCGCAUUAGCUUUUUUUAUUUAGAUUUUUUGCAUCUUCACCUUAAAUUGACAGAGGAAAAUGUAAAGAUGUGUGAGAGAAGAGUGUUAACACUGCCGAGAAACACUGACCCUUUUAGUAAGUAACUUAAAUCUUUCCCUUUAACAUUUUAGAAAAGACAUAUCAGAUGCCCCCCCCCCCCCCUCCCUCCCCCAGGCCACUUUUCUACUUCGCACUAUACAUCACAAUAUAUUUUAAUCGUGCGUUUUAAUGAAAUCGCGAAUCAGCCACGUGAUCCUGAAUCACUGGAGAUCCGGUGGAAAACAUGGAGACAAUCCAAUCAUGGUAAAUACACAUUUCCCACCUCAUCAUAUACACAUCUGCCCGUGUUGGAGAAUGCAUACAAACAAUCUGCUGCUGUUUUUUGGAGUCUGUCUGUCUAUUUUGGAAAUGCUGGGAUUCAAAUAUUGUAAGUGGAUCAUUUAUAUUUGUACUGUUUACAACUUUAAAGUGCAUGAGAAGGACGAUCAAAGAUUGAUUCUUGUUAUGAAAAAAAAAAUCCUUCUGCAAAAUAUAUAUAUAAAACGUUAUGUGAGCAUUUUUCUGAUGAACCGUUGUCUAUUGAGCAGUUUGAUCUCGAUACCUAAUGAAGUUUUACGUCAGGCUUUGCAGAACUUUUCAGCGGCUUUGUUUGGAUGAUUGUUUCAGGUAUUUAUGGAUCAUAUAAAAGAUUAGACUAGCAUUUAAAUAGUUGUGCACAUGCCAGACGACGACCUGACUGGACAACAAUCAAAGAUUUAACAUUAGUGCCAAGUGUACAUAAGAGAUUGUAGACUAUGUUUUAUCGUCACUUGCGAUAAUAUCAAUAUUCCUUGUGAAUUUGUGGACUUCUUUAUUUUGAAUGUACAAAUUGUGUUGUGUUUUUUCCGUUGUUUCUGUUUUCUGUUCAUUUGAAUUUCUUUUCCUCCAUUUCCUCCGAAUUGCAUAAGCAUUGAUGCUGUGUUGUUUCUUUUCCUUGAUUCCGUCCUUGUAUUGUAGACGUUAGCUCCAAAGAGCUUGUAUUUCAUGAUGCCUUAUGGUCCAUGGCUUCGUGAUGAGUAGAUUUUGAUUCACAGGCUCUUUUAUUUGCACUCAUCCUUUACAAAGUGUAUAACAAUAAAAAGAUGUUUUCAUUUUGGA